GUUUUCAAGAGAAAGCAGCCGGCAAAACUCGCGAAUAACAGAAGGAUUUUCGGAAUCGUUCGUGCCGAAACAAUCCUAUUCAUACGGUAAUAAGGGUGUGACUCUGAACUGAUAAAUGGAUUGUUUGAGGGAACACGCGCUUUAGAAGGGAUGGUUCCCUGCUCCCCGCGGAUCCUUUUAUUCCGUCACUCACACGUAGCUGCUUGGUUAUGGCGGCUUCUGCCGUGCCUGUGGCCCAACCGAGGUUCCGAGGUCAAUCACAUUGGAUGUCUCGGCAACAUCUGCUUAUGCCAGGCAUUGCCCAUAUUCCGAGCAAGGUCGGACGUUUCAAACUUUGAAUGUCCCCCUGAUUUAUCUGGCCUGUUGGUCCCGUUGCAUUGUCAAUCAUACCUCUCGGUGGAAUGCUGUACCUUUAAGGUGUCACUUUACCACCUCAAAUCCACUUCGAGAUGCCUCAUACUCUUGCCAACCUGGAAAAUGAUCUUGGCCAGAAGGUUCCAGGCUCUUCUUUCGGAUACACUCCCGUCGGGAUCAGGCCAGGCCAUCAACGGGUCUAGGCCUGUCAGUGCGGCCGCAUGGACCCCGAGAUAGCCCACUUUCAACUAGAAUGGCUCAGAACGGU